CCCAAAGCGCAGCUCGCGGCCGGGCCGGAGCGACUCGUCCAUCCGCGGGGACUCCGCGCCCGGGGCGCCCCCGCUCCCUUUUCAAUGAAGACAUUCAAAUGUUGUUUUAAAUAUCACCUACAACAGAAAGUUUUCAUCCUGUUUCUAACCCUAUGGCUAUUCUCCUUGUUGAAGCUCCUAAAUGUUAAACGAUUCCUCUUCCCUGAACGGGGCAUUUACUUGGUUGAGUACUCUCUGAGCACCUCGCCUUUUGUAAGGAACAGAUACACCCAUGUCAAGAAUGAAAUCGGAUAUGAGAUUAACUGUUCGGGUGUCUAUGAACAGGAGCCUUUGGAAAUUGGCAAGAGUCUGGAAAUAAGAAGAAGAACCAUCGUCGACUUGGAUGAUGACGACGUUGUGGCAAUCACCAGUGAUUGUGAGAUUUAUCAGGCGCUACGAAGCUACGAUGAAAAGCUUGUUUCAGAGGAGGAGAAAAGCUUCCCAAUAGCCUAUUCUUUGGUUGUUCACAAAGAUGCAAUUAUGGUUGAAAGGCUAAUCCUCGCUAUAUACAACCAGCACAAUAUUUAUUGCAUCCAUUAUGACCAAAAAUCAUCGGAUACCUUCAAAGUUGCCAUGAACAAUUUAGCUAAGUGCUUCUCCAAUAUUUUCAUUGCUUCCAAGUUAGAGGCUGUGCAGUAUGCACACAUUUCCAGACUCCAGGCUGAUUUGAAUUGCUUGUCAGACCUCCUCAAGUCUUCAGUUCAGUGGAAAUAUGUUAUCAACCUGUGUGGGCAGGAUUUUCCUUUGAAGUCAAACUUCGAAUUAGUGUCAGAGUUGAAGAAACUCAAUGGAUCGAAUAUGUUAGAGACAGUGAAACCCCCUAGCACUAAGACGGAAAGAUUCACUUUUCACCAUGAACUCAAACAGGUACCUUAUGAAUAUGUGAAACUACCGAUGAGGACGAACAUUUCCAAGGAGGCCCCCCCUCAUAACAUCGAGAUAUUUGUUGGCAGUGCUUAUUUUGUGUUAAGUCGAGCAUUCAUUAAAUAUAUUUUCAACAACUCCUUUGUUAAAGACUUUUUCGCCUGGUCUAAAGAUACAUACUCACCUGAUGAGCACUUUUGGGCUACCUUAAUUCGGGUACCAGGAAUCCCUGGGGAGAUUUCUAAGACAGCCCAGGAUGUGUCUGACCUGCAGAGUAAGACCCGCCUGGUCAAAUGGAAUUAUCUAGAAGGCCUUUUCUAUCCCAGUUGUACUGGCUCUCACCUCCGAAGUGUGUGUAUCUAUGGAGCAGCGGAACUAAGGUGGCUUAUGAAGUACGGACAUUGGUUUGCUAAUAAAUUUGAUUCUAAGGUGGACCCCGUCUUGAUUAAAUGCUUGGCAGAAAAGCUUGAGGAACAGCAGAGAAAGUGGAUCACACUGUCUUCAGCAAAGUUAUUGAUGGUUAAACCUUCCAUAACCACCUCGUGAUAAAAUCGUAAUGGAUAAAAGGUGAAGAUGGAAUUGCAUGCUAUACCAUGGCCAGUACCAUUGGAAAGGUGUCUACAAUUCCAUGAGCAAGGGAAAGUGACCUGGCCUUUGGUGACAACUAGUCUGCAAUUGGCUGGGUGUUUUUAUGUGUUUUCACUUGUAAUCUCACUGAGCUAAGUGGGAGAUUUUAAACAGUCAGUAAUCUGAUCUGUAUUGAGUUUCUGCUGUAUACCAGGCACUUUUUAAAAAAACGUACAGGAAUUAAAUCCAAGUUGUCAUGAGUACAGUUACCCCAGUCACACAGCAAUCUUUAUAUCUUAGGUUCUCCGCAUAACAAUCGGGUGCCAUUGAAGAGUAGUGGAGUGAUCACAUAACCGUGUUCACCACCAGUUUCAGAGCAGUGUUUAAGCACAGUGACCACACUCCACUUGCCGGUUAAUUCAGCUCCUUAGACUCUCCUCAACCAUUAGGAUAUUAGAAAGACUGUACUACCUCAGAAGAACUCAAAGAAUUGGUCAAUUUCCUACUUGCCAAAGCGCAGCUUACCUUGUGGAGCCUUGUUUGUUGAGCGCAGGGCCCAGGACUUUGACGGCCUGCGUUUCUACUGUGUGAGUGUCAGGAAGGUGGUGGGGGGCCUGGAGGAGGGCGGGUGCUGCUGAGCGGGAAUGAAGGGAUCCGUAUGAUUUUCCGUCACAUUUCGCAAUGGUGUCCUGAACGGCCUCCUAUUUUAAUUCAGCUGUUUCUUUAAAACAUAUUUUCUGGUUAAAAUUAAAAACUGCUCAACAGCUCAGUGUCACUCUCCAGAGCAUCGAACCUAAGUCUUUCAGUUCACAGAUUAUCAGUAUAUGUAAGUUGUUGUUGUUUUUUUACAGCGCAAUAGGUUUAAUUUUGUUUCAUGAAACUGUCAAGCUAAGAAUUACUGAAUUUUCUUCAAAAGAUGGUAUGAAAUAAGACAGCUUUCUAAAUUAACUAUUAGUCAUUUAAAACAUGUUCUUCUUCAACAGCUAUCAAGUAGAGUUCAAACGUAAAAUCAUCAAAGCUCUAAGUUUAUUGCAGUGUUCUCAGCUUUGAUCCAAGAGAGAAAAAGCUAAUUUUCCUAAGGACAUAGCAAGGGAAUUCACUAAUAAUAUUUUGUGAAACUACACCUUAGAAAACUACCAAAAUGAGUCAAAAUAUACAUGUAUUUUCCUGUAAUUACUGUGCUGGAGGUGAAAUGAGACAGGAGUGAGGGUCCUCAGAACAGGUUAUAGUAUUUUUAUGUCUACUGGGAAAUCAUGAAACUCAUGUCAGAAUUUCUUGGUGAUCUUAUGUUUCAAUGUCAGCCUCAGUAACUACAUAAAGAUAUGGUAAUCCAGGCUAGUCUGAGACAGUUGGGAAGAUUGAAGUAUUUAAAUUGUUUUAAAAUGUCUGUGUUCUAUGUGGGAGAUGCCUUUUGCUUGUUUUGAAGUUUAUGAUACAGUCUGCCAAGUGGCACUGCUUCCGUCUCCCUUUCCUUUUCUUAUGAACUCUUUUAUCCUCUCUUUUUUUCUGCCUCCUUCAAAUUACCAGUUUGUCCGUGUGUGUGACUGUGACAAGCUUGUUGCUUUCAUCUCCAGGAGCCUCAGUUUUCUUCGUCUAUAAAGGGAACACGUGGGUGUGUCCUGGCUGCCUCACAGAUUUCUGUUUGAGGGUAUCAAAUGCAAUCAUGUAUGAAGUGGCUUGAAGAUGGGGACAAAUUAUUGAAAUACCAGCAAGCAGUCUUACUGUGAGGGAAACAGAGAUCCCAACCCCAUUGUGAUACUUAACCAUUCACCUUUUCUGAAAAACCUUCCAAAUAUACAAAGAAGGCACAAUCUUCAAGGCAACUUCUGUAACUGAGUCCAGUUAUGAAGAAACCCCUGUCCCGACACCUGGGGUCCUUUUUAAGCCAGUAGGAUUAGGAAAUUGGCCCAGUGGCUUAAAUGAGGAGUAGGGGUAGAAAUACUUUUCCUACCACCCAGGCUUAAAAACACAAAGCUCAGCUGAAAUAUUUUUUAUGCCUUUGGUCAUCAGUGUAAUGUAAAUGAUGAGAGAUAAAUACCGACCUUCUGGUCCAAUGUCUUGUCUCCUGGUGAGAAAUGAUCCUAGCCUUUGUUUAGUGGGAAAUUUUCCAGAUGUUAGUGACUUUAAUGCCAUAUUCAAGUGAAGCGUGGCGCCAUGAAGAGGUGGCGGUGCCUUGUCCCCAUGGACACACUUCUCAGGAUUCAGUUCCUGGCAGUUUGCCUGUCGUUUUGGGGAGCUUGUCAGAUCAUUCUCUCUUGCCUUGGGAAUCCCGCAGAUUCCUGCAUGCCUUCAAACCUCCUUCAAACCUGAUUCUCCCCUAAAAUGUUUUAGUAUGAUUCUCUCUAGUCUGGAGAAUGUUUUGGCAAUCUGUGUUUUAUAAUAAUUCUUUGCAUAGUAUUUAUUGAUACUAGAUUCUAUGUUAUUUGAUGAUGAGACCAUUACCUUGGAGUUUGUAAAUUAGAUAAUAGUGAAAGAGCCACGCAAAUAUGUCUACAUUAUGUGAAUAAUCUACUGUAAUUUAAAGACCAGUGUUGCUGCUAUUUUAAAUGUGUGGGUCAUUUUAAUUGAAAUAUAUGUAAUGUUUAAAUUUAGGGAAUUAAAUUUGAAGAUUUCUCUUGCCUUCCAGAAUGUGAAUAUUAUGCAUAAGUAUAUAUAUUUUUAACAUAUUGUGAAGAAAACAAAACGACAAUCUUUUCAUGAGAAUGUAAAGUGAAUGAUGAUGAUGGAAUGAGGUUUGAUUUUUGUUAACAUUUUUAUCAACAUGUCUUGAAAUCUCCAACUUUUUUUCCCAUGUUUCUUGAAAGAUGUGUUCCCAUUAUAUGAGUUUAAAAUAGAUUGGGGUUGCAUUUUUGUAUUAUGCUGUUACUAGAUGUUAAUCUCUAGUACUGUCAAAUAAAAUGUGCCUCUAAAACCAA